AUGAGAGUAGGCAAAGGUUGUGGACGGUGUCGACAUCGCCAUAUCCGCUGUGUCAUUCCAAAGGGUGCAACAUCCUGCACUCCCUGUUCCCGUCUCAAUCGGGACUGUCAACUUGAUCCCCGCUUCCAGUUCAAGCCCGUUCGACACGUUUACCAGAAGGCAAAUGGAGCUCCUACGCGGUAUGAUCUUGAAUGGGAUCAAGGGCAGACCUGGGUGGAUGUCUCGCAGCCUGUGACAUUCGUGCUCGAAGCGACCGAUGGAUCACCCGGGGAUGAACAGAUUAUUCCACCAGAACCGAUAACGCCGGCUCCGCUCCCUGUGUCUAGUUUACUUUUGGACGAAUCUCCAGAGCAGUACUCAGAAAUAUAUCACAGUGAACCCCGCCCGAGGGUUUUCGAGCAACGAUCACAAGUCACCACAAGCAGUCCAUUCAGCCCAUUUUCAGAGGACGAUGCAGUCUUAUCAUUGCGGGAGGCAUCGCUUAUGCGCUACUUCAUUCAAAGAUUAGCGCCCUGGGCUGAUAUUUGUGACAUCCAUUCCAACUUUAGCACCGAGGUUCCACGACGAGCAUUAGAGAACCCAAUGGUUUUGAAAGCGGUUCUAGCCCUUUCUGCGCGCCACGAUGCGAUUUUGGCCAACGAUAGCGAUUUGGAAGCCUCGACCUAUCAUGGCGAAUGUUUGGAAAUGUUGAUUGCAGCAUUAAAUGAGGCAGAGACCAACUGCGACGAAAACAUGCUAAUCGCAGUUGUCAUCCUCCGCAUAUAUGAGGAGUUGGAAAACAAUACCGAUCAAAAGUUUCAUCUGCUUGGAUCUAAUCGACUGGUGAAUCUGGUGUCGCGCUCUGCAUCAUCCGGUGGAGUGGCUGAGGCAGUGAGCUGGCAAUUCCUGCGACAAGCUAUAUAUGCAUCGGUUGUGCAGUAUCAGCCCCUGCAGCUGGACAUGCACAAUUUUGAAUCCUCGUCAAUGUUCCAGCGUAACGACGACGCAGCAUGUGCAAAUACCAUCAUUUAUUAUUGCGCGCGCAUUCUUCAAUUAUGCUGUGACAAACCCGGAAGAAUUGUGGAUAGGGAGACCUGGUGCUACAUAUCUGAUAGUGUGGCGCAAUGGAACGAAAACAAGCCGACCACUUGGCAGCCGAUUCGGUAUCAAGCACCCAAUCUAGCCGCUGAGCGACCCUUUCCUGAGCUAUGGAUGAUAUCUCCACCUGCAGUGGUUGGAAUGCAGUAUUAUCAUUCCGCGUGUAUUUUUCUCACUCUGUCUGACAUUCCUUCACAUUGCAUGACUGAUUAUGAGAUUGCCCGCUCAAAGCGUGCGAAAGAAAAAACGAUCGCAGAGCACCUGGUCAUGGUCAUCGGACUUUCACUUUCGAAUGAAAGUGUAGAGAAUGCCUACUUCAUGGCAUCUCAUCUAUUACAUCGCUUUGGAUAUUGUCUACGACACAAGGUCGAGCAGCAAGGCGCAUUACAAUUCCUCACGCGAGUGGAAAAGAAUCUGGGCUGGCGAACCUCAUGGAUGAUGCAUGAACUCGAAGAUCAAUGGGUUGAGUUGGCUGCUCUUGACUCGUGGGGUAUCUAA